AAAAAUAUGUGUGCAGCAUUUUUUGGGUUUAGUUGACGGACUUCCUCGCUCACUUACAAAUGUGCAUAACUCCAUUGUAUUCCAGUUUUGUAUGGCAGUGAUAAAAUUUGGGUUGAUUUUUAUGCGAUGGGGUAGGUUUUGAGCUGUGAUUGGGCUGGGAUAUAGCUGUUCGAUUCAAUCUGAAAUUACGAUAAUCCACGCGCCCUACCUCAUAGACCUGGUUUGCCACUCACUCAAACACUCGCGCACUCACGGUAAGCAGGCUGUCGAUUCUCCACAAAGGGGAGCUAUUGGUACUUAUGGUGCUUUGCAUCAAUGGCACCAGUGUCCUUGUGUAAAUGUCGUGAAAAUAAUUACAUUUUACAAACUUAAACAGUUAAGUCAGUUAACCCCGGCACCUAAAGUCCAUUUACCAUUUAAAGUGAUGAAAUGUGUGGCAGUAUCUGUCCCUGGCAUGUCCACGUGUACAAAGGAGCAAGGUGUCCCACGUGUACGUUCUGUCACACAUGCAUUUGGGUUAGCCCCCUCAUCGCCUCAUGUAUGGAGCCCAAUGCAAAAUCUUACGGAUACAUUUUUUCAAUGAAGCAUCUGUUUUUAUAGCAAGGCCUGUUUAUGCACAGUUCGUACCCAUUACCAUUACAUUUAAGCAAUUAUCAGAUGCUCCAGAGCAGCUUUCAUAAGUGCAUGCAUACAGAAUUAGGCAAGUAAGAACUGUGGAAACCAUUAAGAUUACAACCAAUACUAUCCAUUGAUGUGUGGCACUUUGCCCAUUUUCAAAGUGCUACUCCUGCAGUAUUACCAAGAUAAGCCUUGGAAUAUAGGGAUGUCUAGUGUGAACUCCUGCGUGCAAGUACCCGUUCUUCUGAGUUAUUUGCCAGCUUUAAGCGGCAUGUGGGAAUUGUAUUUCAUCCCAUUUGGAAACUGAAAAAGAUCCACGCAGCGCUAUCUUGAUGGUCAAUAAGGGCAAGGAUGUAAUUAUUAAAUCAAGGAAGUUUUAUUCAAAUCAUUGAUGUUUUUUUUAAUCACUUGCUCUUCACCCACUAAAUAUUUAUCAAUUAACUGCACAUUCAUCAAUUCACUUGCACAUUAACCAACUUCAUUUUUAUCACGUAAUUUUUGUUACUUCAACCCCUCAUAUUUGCUCUGCCACACGGUGGUAUUCAACUUCAUACGACUCGCUUGUAUAUGGCUAUGUGAUUAAUGUAUUUACUGCAACUUUAAGUCAUGAUGUUGCUGUCAGCCAAUCGCACAACUUUGAAGGUACUUCUGGCAGGGACGGUAAAGACAAACGGCCACUUCCACAUUCUUAGAUGUUGAAGUUCUCUACAACGCACGUCGUAUGGAGACUAUUAUCGCUCUUGAGGAGUCGCCCGAGGAGCGACAGCGGCUUUAAUUGUGAAGAUCUCCCUGUACUGCGCCUAUAUGUUUCUGAUCCGGGGAGAGAGGGAGAGAAUGUGAACUGUGGGAAGCGGCAGCAUGCAUCCGCGUAAGCUGCCCUACGCGAUAAUGGUCGUCGCCAUUUUGGGCUGGCCCCUGUUCUGCGCCUUUCGGUACGGUUUCCACGAAGCCGUCAGGUGGUACGGCAACGGCAAGCGGGUGUCGGAGACGGCGGUGCACUCGUGCGGCGUGGACCCGAGCAGCGACACCAUCGUGGCGGCGCGCGGCGGCGCGGUCCUCCUGGUCUCUGCGUUCCGGGACGAGCGGUUCGCCCCCAGGACCCUGCGGGUGAUCGGCAUCGCGCGCCGGGCCGGACUGCCGCGCCUCUACUGCCACAUCUGCACCGGGCCCUCCGUCUUCACCGCGCCCGCCGAGACGCUGUUCCACUCGGACCACUUCGACUUCCCCUACGGCACCGUGGACUUCCUGUGCCGGGUGCCAGAGAAGGCGGGGCGGGCCCUCCAGGUGUCCGUCUCUGCCCGGCAACUUCCGGAAGUCAGGGAGCCCUACCUGUGGAUUCGCGAGGCCGGCCGGAACGCCACCGGCCCCUUCCCCCGGCAGUUUUCGGUGUGUGUCUCCACCUUGUUCGGUAACUAUAGCAACGUCCUGCAGUUCGUCCAGUCGAUGGAGAUGUACCGCCUCCUGGGGGCGGGGAAAGUGUUUGUAUACAAGAGUGACUGCGGGCCGCUGCUGCGGAAGGUUCUGGAUCACUACUCCGCCGAAGGCCUGCUGGAAGUGGUCCCCUGGGAAGUGGACCGCUAUCUCCGCGUCUCUAACAGCUGGAAGCCCUCGCUGGGGCCCGGCGACCUGCACUACCACGGCCAGAUCGCCGCGCUCAACGACUGCCUCUACCGCAACAUGGAGGCCAGCGCGUACGUGGCGCUGGUGGACAUCGACGAGGUCAUCGUUCCGCGGAUCCACGACACCUGGGGCGCCAUGAUGGCCUUCCUGUCCAGCCGGCACCUGGGCGUGGAGAGCUUCUCCUUCGAGGACGCCGUGUUCCGCACCGAGGUGUUCGGAGACGGCGGGCGGUUCGACUUGUGGCCCCGCGUCCCGGGCGUGAACGUCCUGCGGCACGUGGACCGCGAGCCCCUGCGGCCGUUCGCCUUCAACGCGCGGAAGCUGAUGGUGAACCCGCGCGCGGUGGUCUGGACCUCGGUGCACCACACGCUCUGGCAGCGCGGCGCCUCCAUGGAGGUGCCCGCCUCCGUGGCCCGCAUGCACCACUGCCGCAAGCGGGACGACCUGGGCGUGCGGGACAGCCAGCUGGUGCGGGACACCACUAUGUGGAAGUACAGCGCCGCCCUUGUCCGAAACGUGAACCGCACCCUGAGCCGGGUGCUCGGGGCCGCAGGGCUCAACCCAUAAAGAUGUCCUGCCAGUUUCGUGCCUUUCGUAAUGAUGCAAAUAUUAUUACCGCCAUUUUGUUCAUAUUGUUUGCUUAUAAUUGUUGCUGUUAUUAUGAUAUUAUUUCUUUAAUAUUUAAUACUGUUAUUAGUCGCAGUAAUGCUGGAACUGAAGUUCUGUUUUAUUGCUACAACUAAUACUAAUGAAGUUGUGCUAUUAACGAGAUUGUGAAGUGUAUGAAUAAACAUUAGUGGGGUUGUCAUUGAUGACGUAUGCAUUUUUUCACGUGACAGAUGUUCUAGAAAAUAACUCCAUCGUAAUGAUGAUGCAACCACCAUCAUGAUGACACAAGGCGAUUUAUAAUUAAGUAUGCAAUGUUUGAAUUACUUUUUAUUGUGUUUUUCGCCUACCUUAUAACGAUUUCCCCCCCAAAAAAACUGAAAAUAUUUCCAAAAUUAUUUGGAAUUUCAAAAAGUUGAGCAAUCACAUGCACUAAACCUAGAUGAAUAUUAUGAAGUUGGAAUGGAAUGUCUAAGUAGGAGGGGCAGCAUGCAGAAAUUAAGGAAAUAAGAAUAAGUAUGCAAUAGAAUAUCCUGUGGGUUACUGAAGCAACCAUAAUAAUAAUAAUAAAUUAUUAAUUUUAAAAUACUCUUUGGAACCCAGUUACUGAAAGCAAGCAUUUCCACCUUUGCCCCUUUGUUCUACAGACAGAGCUGCUUUGGUGUUUUUUUAAAUGACUGCUGUUCUGCUUUACAAUUCAGAGUCAACAAAGCAAGUUAAAUGACAAUGAAGUGCACAGAGGAAAGCUGCUCAAAGACAAAGGGUCGAGAUUAAAUGGCAGUUUUAAAUGACGUGGGGUGUUUAAAGAUGGUGAGAGAAGGGCAUUUCAUCUCUCAAGUUCUGGGCUCUCUAGAGGGCUGUGGUUCUCAAGAAAAGGUUAUCCUGCCCUCAUUUAGGCUCAGUGCUUCUGUCACUCUGUCCAGACGGUGAUUCCCCCCCCGCCCCCCCCCCCAAGUCUUUAUUACUCAGUGAAAGCUGUGGCGCCAUAAAAAAUAAGUGGGUACACAGUGGUACAAUUAUUGUCGUGAAAUCUUAAAUGUGAAUACCGCAAAGCCAAGUAAAUAUAUAUGUAAAUAUAUAUGUUAUGGUCUUGUGAUGUUUUGCAGAAGUUGAUUAUCAGUUGUUGGCCUCACACACACACACGCAAAGCUUUCAAAAUAUGACAUAUUUGCUGCCUACUGUGUGAGUGUGGGUGCAGAAACAGGAAGUGAGUUGUUAUUUGCAUUUGAAGAUUAUGGAAGAUUGUGAGACCACAGUGCGACCUACUGAAAAAAUAUAGCACUCUAAACCCUGUCACAGCUUUUCGUGAUAAAAAUGUGAAACACGAAAUAAAUACAUUGUGAAUUCUG